AUUGAAACAUAUAAAAACCACUGCAACCCGACCGAUGGACAUCAUUCGCUUGAGAUCAUCUCACCGGCCGAGCACAGUCCGAAAAUCACUGGAGCGUAAUUCGUUCAACGGUAGCAUCCAAUAUGAAGGCGUUCGUAGUGUUGUCUAUGGCUUUGGCCAUUGCCUCGUGUGCGGCAGUCGACGAAACAUCCAAGAAGGACAAACGUGGCCUCUGGGAACUGGGAUCGGGACACGAAAGCAUCGACUUUGACAACCAUCACGACCAUCAUGAUCACGGUGAAAUCAAGCACGUAUCCACGACCAUCACUAAGAACGUUCACGUCCCAUACCCGGUGGAGGUAGAGAAGCACGUUCCGUACCCAGUCAAGGUUCCAUACCCAGUCCAUGUCGAGAAGAAGGUUCCCGUGUAUGUGGAAAAGAAAGUGCCAGUCUAUGUCGAGAAAAAGGUUCCCGUUCACGUUGACCGCCCAGUUCCCUAUCCAGUCGAAGUGAAAGUUCCAGUUGUCCACAAGGAAUACGUCGAAGUGCCAAAACCGUACGCAGUUCAUGUUGAGAAGCCCGUUCCGGUGUACGUGAAGAAGCCGGUUUACAUCGAGAAGCACGUUCCAGUGACAGUGCACAUCAAGGAACACAAGAAGCACUGGGGACUGUUCUAAAAGCGUUGAUCACUAUCCUUACAUUAUGAGAAUAAA